AUCCGCCUGGCCGCCAGCUGCCUAGUCAUCCUCGCAGAAAGGGCAAGGCAGCAAAGUCCAAAGAUCUUCUUCCUGUUCAUCCCAUGACAUGAGCCACAAUGGAUAUAAGUCCAUCGUGUUUCCUCCUUCUGCACUUCGCCAGCCCUUGCAACAUUCGACCAGUUCAAGCUUCAACAUCCAGUUACCCUCCCGCCCCCGUAUCGUGGUUUGAAACAAGGAUAAACCUAUCUUGUCCCUUGGCCAUCCCAGCCCAGCGCCAUGGACGGCUACUACGGGUACGCCGGACCGGCUGCCCAGCAGAGCCAGGCUGCCGUCUUCAGACCGUCCAAGCCCGAGGACUGGGAGCCGUACCGAGACAUCAUCGCCCACCUCUACAAUACCAUGAACAUGAAGCUCAAGGACGUCAUGGCGGAGAUGGAGGCGACGUACACCUUCAAGGCAACCGAGAAGCAAUACAAGACCCAAUUGAAAAAAUGGAACCUCGACACCAAGUACAUCAAGGCGAGCGAGUACAUGUUCAUGAUCAAGACAAUGCGGGAACGACAAGCCCAGGAGCCGCCCAAAGAGACUCGCUUCGUCCUACGAGGGAGAGUGGUCGACCCCAAAGAUAUCGCCCGGUUUGAGAAGCGGGCUCAAAAGAAAGGUGCCAUGAAGGAAGGCGAACCGAUCGAAUGUGAAGGUGAGUGAGGAGUGAGCCCGCCGGGAGCCCCCCUUUCCCUCCUCGCCAUGGUCACUUGACUAACA